AUGAUGAUGCUGCUGCUCUACGGCCUCGUCGCUCUAGCAGCGGGAGUCUGCGCGCAAAGCACAUGCAAUGGCUACGAGGCACUCUGUGAUCGGAAAUACAGCAGCAUCACAUUCGCCGCGGCGCAUAAUGCUGCCUUUGUCGGCAGAGGGCCGUUCCAUAACCAGUACCAGUACCCAGAGGUGGCCAUGAGCAGUGGCAUCCGCUACUUUUCCACCCAAGUCCACAUCCAGGAUGGGCAAAUCCGCCAGUGCCACACGGACUGCGCAUUUCUCAACGUGGGGGCCUUCUCCGAGAUUGUCACUUCCAUCAAGACGUGGCUGGACGCGAAUCCUCGGGAGGUCGUGACCCUGCUGAUUGGGAACGGGGAUGACGCAAUCCAAAUUGAGGAGUUCAAGCCGCAUUUCGAGGCAUCAGGAGCUCAUGAUAUUGCGUUCGUCCCGGGCAGAAAGCUGGGGCUCGACGAUUGGCCGACUCUCGGCGAGAUGAUUGAUUCUGGGAAGAGACUUGUUGUAUUCAUGGACUAUUACUCCGAUACUUCCAAGGUUCCCUAUAUUCUUCCGCAGUUUGACUACUACGUGGAAACGCCUUUCAGUCCAACGGACGAGAACUUCUUCAACUGUGAUGUGGACCGGCCCAGCAAGGACACGCCCGCGGAUGGGCGAAUGGUCUUUGCAAACCACAAUCUGAACGAGGAAAUCGCAGGUAUUCUGAUUCCUGACCAACUACGUGCCUCGCAAACGAAUUCGCAGGGCAAUAUCCGGCAGCAGACCGAGAUUUGCGUGAGCAAUUAUGGACGCAACCCGAAUGUCGUCUUGCUGGACUUUGUCUCAGAGGGAGAGGUGAUUGCUGCGCAGAAGACGCUGAAUGGACUAUGA